CUCCUACUCCCUUUCUGAAAGGGAUUGAGUGAAAUGGGGAAUGUGUUUGUGAAAAAACCGAUGAUCACGGAGGUGGACAGAGCCAUUCUUUCCCUCAAAACUCAACGCCGCAAGCUCGGUCAAUACCAGCAGCAGCUAGAGGCUGUCAUUGAUGCUGAAAAACAAGCUGCAAAAGAUUUACUUCGGGAAAAGAAGAAAGACAGGGCAUUGUUAGCAUUGAAAAAAAAGAAGGUUCAAGAAGACCUAUUAAAGCAAGUUGAUGGUUGGCUUAUCAAUGUAGAGCAGCAAUUAGCAGAUGUCGAACUAGCAAGCAAGCAAAAGGCACUUUUUGAGAGUUUGAAGACUGGAAAUAAUGCAGUUAAAGCGAUGCAAAGUGAGAUAAGCCUUGAUGAUGUUCAAAAACUGAUGGAUGAUUCUGCCGAGGCAAAAGCUUAUCAAGAAGAAAUUAAUGCCAUUCUGGGAGAGAAGCUAUCGGCUGAAGAUGAAGAGGAAGUUUUAGCGGAAUUCGAGAGUCUAGAGACUCAGCUAACACUCUUAGAUCUGCCCAAAGUUGUGUCUGCAACACCAGCACCUUCUACUCAAGAACAAGAAGACGAGCUGGACCUUCCUGAUGUGCCAACCAAAGCCCCAGCUGUAUCAGAAGCUGUUGCUCAUUCUUCAUCUGAAAUUUCUGAACAUAGAAAAGUUCUGGAGGAACCAUUACCUGCUUAAUGUCGUGGAAUCACGGGUAGUAAAGAUCCACGAUCAUGGGCCUUGUUUGUGCCAGUGACGCUCUUUUAUUUCGACGAUCUUGAGAUUUGUAGACGACCGGCAUUGCUUCUGCUCAUCAUGUGCGAUAAUAGUCAUCUCAUAUUGUUGUCAUUUUGUAAAUUCUACCAUAGCUCAAGUUCCAUGGUAAGAUUUUUAUGCUUUACAUUUUA